UGCAGAGCCAGUUUUCCUCUUACCCCUUCACUCCUCAUUUGUCAAAUUUCUGGCACCAGUUUUGCUUGUCUCAUACUGUUCUUUGUGCGAGGCAAGAAGGACCUGGAAUACUUUUAGUUGGUGAGUUGUUUUUAAACGAGCUACCUGACGACAUGUAGGCCCCCGACAGUGUGCAGGUGGCACCACAAGACUUCACCUGCCUGGAGAUAUUCUGAGUCUCCUUUUUCCUUUGUGUCCUAGGGGCCGCAUAGACAGAGGUUUCCCAAAUGUUUGUUGACGGAGAGACUCAUGGGUAAAAGAGUCAGUGAAUGUUGAGUUACUGUGCUUACAACAGUGAACUGUUCUGAAAAUAAGCUUUCCUAGGAAUGGAACGAAGAGGAAGAGAGGGACAUGAAUGGAUUCCUGAGAGCCCACCGGCCUGUUAGAUGCAGAAACCAGGUGGGCGGGCUGUAGAGGAUGGUUCCCUAACAGCAAAUGACCUCUUGGAAUUUUUUGGACCCAAGACUAGUUUUUCUCCAUUGCAAGCUAAUCUGUGGACAUCGAGGCUCGGUUUCCUGAUCGACAGCACAAACCCCUCUCUCUGAGCUUCCUUAGGAAGAAAACAUGGCCCUUUCCACUCGGCAUUUCUUUUUCUGUUCACCCAGGCCUCCUGCUUACCAGCCGCUUCCAGUUCUGGUGACUUAUUCAUUAUUCAUCUCUUCUCUUUUUACUUGGGAGCAGGACUUUGCCAAGCUUAGCCUCUCAUCUUUGGUCAAGAUGAACGAUGGCAGGAAACAUCUUUAUGGAUUAUUUCACUACAACCCCAUGAUGCUUGGAGUUGAAUCACUUCCUGAUCCUAUGGACACCUGGGAGAUUAUAGAGACCAUUGGUAAAGGCACUUAUGGCAAGGUCUACAAAGUAACCAACAAGAGAGACGGGAGUUUGGCUGCAGUGAAAAUUCUGGACCCCAUCAGUGAUAUGGAUGAAGAAAUUGAGGCAGAAUACAACAUUCUGCAAUUUCUUCCAAAUCAUCCCAAUGUUGUAAAGUUUUAUGGGAUGUUUUACAGAGCGGAUUGCUGUGUGGGUGGACAGCUGUGGCUGGUCCUGGAGCUGUGUAAUGGGGGCUCCGUCACCGACCUUGUGAAAGGCCUCCUCAGGAGUGGCCAGCGGUUGGAUGAAGCAGUGAUCUCUUACAUCUUGUAUGGAGCUCUCUUGGGCCUUCAGCAUUUGCACAACAACCGAAUCAUCCACCGUGAUGUGAAGGGGAAUAACAUUCUUCUGACAACAGAAGGAGGAGUUAAGCUCGUUGACUUUGGAGUCUCAGCUCAACUCACCAGCACACGGCUACGGAGAAACACAUCCGUUGGUACCCCAUUCUGGAUGGCCCCCGAGGUCAUUGCUUGUGAGCAGCAGUAUGACUCUUCCUAUGACGCUCGCUGUGACGUCUGGUCCCUGGGGAUCACGGCUAUUGAACUGGGGGAUGGAGACCCUCCCCUCUUUGACAUGCACCCUGUGAAAACGCUCUUUAAGAUUCCAAGAAAUCCUCCACCUACUUUACUGCAUCCAGAAAACUGGUGUGGGGAAUUCAACCACUUUAUUUCACAGUGUCUUAUUAAGGAUUUUGAAAAGCGACCUUCCGUCACACAGCUCCUGGACCACCCAUUUAUUAAAGAAGCUCACGGAAAGGUUCUGUUUCUGCAGAAACAGCUGGCCAAGGUGCUUCAAGAGCAGAAGCAUCUGAACCCUGUUGCUAAAACCAGGCAUGAAAGGAUGCAUACUGGAAGACCCUAUCAUGUGGAAAAUGCUGAAAAAUACUGCCUUGAGGAUGAUUUGGUCAAUCUAGAGGUCCUGGAUGAGGAUACAAUUAUUCAUCAGUUGCAGAAACGUUAUGCAGACUUACUGAUUUAUACAUAUGUUGGAGACAUCCUAAUAGCCUUAAACCCCUUCCAGAAUCUCAGCAUAUAUUCUCCGCAGUUUUCCAGGCUGUAUCAUGGGGUGAGACGUGCCUCAAAUCCCCCCCACAUAUUUGCAUCAGCAGACGCUGCUUACCAGUGCUUGGUUACUUUCAGCAAAGACCAGUGCAUCGUUAUCAGCGGAGAAAGUGGCUCGGGGAAGACAGAAAGCGCCCACCUGAUUGUUCAGCAUCUGACUUUCUUGGGAAAGGCCAACAAUCAGACCUUGCGAGAGAAGAUUCUCCAAGUCAACUCCCUGGUGGAGGCCUUCGGGAACGCGUGUACUGCAAUCAAUGACAAUUCGAGCCGCUUUGGAAAAUAUCUGGAAAUGAUGUUUACACCGACUGGAGCUGUGAUGGGGGCAAGAAUCUCUGAAUAUCUCCUUGAAAAAUCCAGAGUCAUAAAACAGGCAGUGGGAGAGAAAAAUUUUCACAUAUUUUACUAUAUUUAUGCUGGUCUUUAUCACCAAGAGAAACUUUCUGAAUUCAGACUUCCUAAGGAAAAGCCUCCUAGGUACCUCGCCGAUGGCACGGGGAGAGUCAUGCAGGACAUAACUUCCAAGGGAUCUUACAGAAGACAAUUUGAAGCAAUUCAGCAUUGCUUCAGGAUUAUUGGGUUCACUGAGAAGGAAGUGCACUCAGUGUACAGGAUUCUGGCUGGGAUUCUGAACAUCGGGAACGUUGAGUUUGCAGCUAUUUCCUCUCAACACCAAACUGAUAAAAGUGAAGUGCCCAAUGCGGAAGCUCUGAAAAACGCUGCCUUUGUUCUCUGCAUCAGCCCUGAAGAGCUGCAGGAGGCCCUCACGUCCCACUGUGUGGUCACUAGAGGUGAGACCAUCGUCCGCGCCAACACUGUGGACAGAGCCGCAGACGUCCGGGAUGCCAUGUCCAAAGCCCUGUACGGAAGGCUCUUCAGCUGGAUUGUGAAUCGCAUCAACACACUCCUGCAACCGGACAGAAACAUAUGUAGUGCAGACCAUGGAAUGAAUGUGGGGAUCUUGGAUAUUUUUGGAUUUGAGAACUUUCAGAGAAAUUCCUUUGAGCAGCUCUGUAUAAAUAUCGCCAAUGAGCAAAUCCAGUACUAUUUCAAUCAGCAUGUGUUUGCUCUUGAGCAGAUGGAAUAUCAGAAUGAGGGUAUCGAUGCCAUCCCUGUGGAGUACGAGGACAAUCGGCCACUGCUGGACAUGUUCCUCCAGAAACCCCUGGGCCUGCUUGCACUUCUGGAUGAGGAAAGUCGGUUUCCCCAAGCAACGGACCAGACCCUGGUUGAUAAGUUUGAAGAUAAUCUCCGAUGCAAAUACUUCUGGAGGCCCAAAGGAGUGGAGCUGUGCUUCGGCAUUCAGCACUACGCUGGAAAGGUAUUAUAUGAUGCUUCUGGGGUUCUUGAGAAAAACAGAGACACCCUCCCUGCUGAUGUGGUCGUAGUCCUGAGAACAUCAGAAAACAAGCUUCUUCAGCAGCUCUUCUCAAUCCCUUUGACCAAAACAGGCAAUUUGGCCCAGACAAAAGCCAGGCUAUCAGCAGCCUCCAGAUCGUUGCCUCCACAUUUCAGUACUGGGAGAGCUAAGGUGGACACCCUCGAGGUGAUGCGGCAUCCAGAAGAAACCACCAACAUGAAGAGGCAAACCAUGGCUUCUUACUUCCGGUAUUCUCUGAUGGACCUGCUCUCCAAAAUGGUGGUUGGACAGCCUCACUUCGUGCGUUGCAUUAAACCCAAUGAUGACCGAGAGGCCCUGCAGUUCUGCCGAGAGAGGGUCCUGGUCCAGCUCCGCUCCACAGGCAUCCUGGAGACCGUCAACAUCCGCAGGCAGGGCUAUUCCCACCGCAUCCUCUUUGAAGAGUUCGUGAAAAGGUAUUAUUACUUGGCAUUCAAAGCACAUCAAACACCUCCUGCUAGCAAAGAGAGCUGUGUUACUAUCUUGGAAAAGUCCAGAUUAGAUCACUGGGUGCUGGGAAAAACAAAGGUUUUUCUCAAAUAUUACCAUGUCGAGCAGUUAAAUUUGCUACUGCGAGAAGUCAUGGGCAGAGUGGUUGUGCUGCAGGCAUACACCAAGGGAUGGCUUGGAGCCAGGAGAUAUAAAAGAGUCAGAGAGAAGAGAGAGAAGGGUGCCAUCACCAUCCAGUCAGCCUGGAGAGGAUAUGAUGCACGGAGGAAAUUUAAGAAAAUAAGCAACAGAAGGAAUGAGUCUGCUGUUCACAUUCAAGCAGUUCUGAAAACUUCUAUUGAACAGAGAAACUAUCUUGAAGCUGAAGCCAACAAUGGCCAUGCUAAGACUUCAAUCUCUUUUCCUGCUGUCACUGAGAAAAAUUGGCAUUUACAAGCCCAGAGUUCUCCAAGAGGGUGUGAUGUCUUCGCAGGACAUGCAAAUAAGCACCCACUUGCAGGGACUGAUGCAUGGUCUCUUCAGACAGUUCAUGCUACCCCAGAUCUCCGAGGACUGAGGCCCUGGGAAGCCCCUUGUAAACCUGAUUCAGAAGAUGGUCUGAGAGCACAGAAGCAGCGGACACCUCGCCGGCGAUGUCAGCAGCCCAAAACGUUGAGUAGCCCUGAGGACACCAUGUACUAUAACCAGUUAAAUGGAACUCUAGAAUAUCAAGGGAGCAAGAGGAAGCCAAGAAAACUUGGCCAAAUCAAAGUGCUGGAUGGGGAAGAUGAAUAUUACGAAUCUCUCUCCCCCAUGGCCUGUGUCUCUGAGGAGGCCAAUGCAGUCCACUCUUUCUUUUUUAACUCAUCCUCAAAAGGAGAUUAUUUUGCUCAACCUUGACUUAAUGCUUCCUGAUCCCAAGUCUGUGCAAGGUGAGAACACUCGUGGUAACUGAUUGACAGUCAUUGAAAAAGGCACUAUUAUGGAGUAUCUUUAGACUCAUAGCCUCUGUCCCAGCCUUACUAAACAAUAUGCAGACUCUUAAAUGCUGCCCGUAUUUCUACCAGUCUCCACAUGUGUUGUGUAGCCUGCGCUGGGCAGUCUCUCCUUUUCUCAUUUCAUAGGUCCUGGCUGCAGGACGCCAGGAUGCCUCAAGCCCAGCAAAGACAGUCAUUCAGGCCUUAAUGUCUAAGGAGGGAGCAGACAGUCUCAUCUUAGCCAGUCACAAACACUGACAAGUUUUCUUCUAUUUCCCGCCAAAUUACCUUUCAAGCCAUGCAGCAUCUCCCCAGCAGAAACCCAGGGGUCCCUUUCCUGCUGUCUUCUGCACCCUCUCCUGCAGCGAGGCUUGCACCUCCCACCUGCUCCUUGGCCUGGGUGGGUACUGAGCACACCCACCAUGUUAGUAGUGAAAAGACAGGGAGUGAGAAGGAAAGAAAAUUUGCAUCUAUGCGAGUCCAGGUCACAUUAUGCUGUCACUCCACGCACCGGCAGCUGUUUCCACUAAGCUGUGAGAGGCGGCCAGGGAAGGCUCUGCUGCUGUCCAUCUUCAUGCGCACAGAACCUAGCGCAGGGCCUGGUAAAGCGGGCAUCCAGUAUACGUGGGGUGAACAGAGAGACUUCAUCUAGUCACACACGCCUCUGACAGGACAGUGACUUUCAGUUAUAUGUUAUACUGGAUAAUUUUUUUUCUUACACCAUUGAAUCUGACUUUUCACUCAAGGCUGAGCUGGUCCUAUUACAAUGAUAGUAUGUAGUACUCGAUAUGAUUUGAUACCACAAACUUUUUUGAGCACCUACUAUAUGUAAAACAAUGUGUGAGAUUACUGUGUAUUAAAAAAAAAUUUUAAAUCUUGUAAGAUCUUUUCUUUAGAACAGAUGUUAUUUUUUAUACUCUACAAUACUUAUCAGAUAGUAUGCAUGGGAAUACUUGUAUUUUAAGAAAAAUAACUUCGAACAUAUAGAAAAAGUAUUGUUUACAGAGUUUUGAAAGAGAAAGCAUUAAUAAGCAUUUUAUGAACAGAAUGGUAACAUAAGAUAAAAAGCUCAGAGAUUUAAUUUUAUCAGAAAAAAAUAACUGUAGCCUAUUUUUAAAUAAGUUACAUGAAUCUUAAUAAAAGAUGAAUCUCUUGAAUGGUUUUAUACUAUUUUGUUAUGCUUGAUACUAUUAUAUAUGAAGUUAUGCUCAACAAUUUCAAAGAAAGACAUUAUGGUAGUUACUGUUAAUUACGGGUUGUCUUGUGGUGAAAUACUGUGUUGCUUACAUUGUUCUGUUCUAAUCUGCUUUGUUAUGUCCUCUUUUGUCUUAAUCUCUUUAAAAUAAAAAAAAAUUUUAAAAAUAUAAAAGAUAAAUCUUGAUUUUUUUCAGAUAUUUACUCAGAAGUUAUAUUUAUAAAGUUUGCAAGCAGAGCAAAAUAAACAAGCAAAAACCUUUACAUUACUAUGAAAAAACCGAUUUUGUACUUACAUUGUUUGAUCAAUUAUGCAUGCCUAUAUCUUGUAAUCUGAGCAACUAUUUUGAAGAUAACAAUGUACAAUAUAUUAACCAUUGUCAUUUUCUUAUUUUCUUGUUUUUGAAAUUCUGUAUCUUUGUCUUUAUUGUUUUUUUUUCCCCUUUAAAAUAAAAUUUUUAAAAAAGAAGUAA